AGUUGCUUUUAGCUUGCAUUCUUACUUGCCUCUUUUCGUCUUUCUCUGAAAUUUUGAAGGUUCGGCAGAGCAACGGAGAGCGAUCGGGCGUAGCUAGGGUUUAAAAGGCCAUGGCAGGAUCAGGGAGUUCGAUGCUGUAUUCGUUUCUUCUAUUUACUGUCAUUCUCUCGCUCCAAGAGAUGUAUAGAGGGAAGUUAGCGUCGUCGGAGCUGUUUACAAUCCUUGGAGGAUUCAUCAGCUCCCUCUUGUUUCUUGUAUCACUAACGUUCAUUGGGAAUUUCCAGGAAACAUGUGGGAUGAGGACUGGAUGGGGUGCUGUCAUAUUAGCAGAAGCAGUUGCACUGAUUGCUGCUAGCACUGUUCACCGAGUUUGUAUCACAACAUGUUUCUUGUUCUCAGCUGGAUUACUUUAUGAGAUCAACAAGAUUUCAGGAGUGACGCUUUCUAAAAGUGAAUCAAAAACAAAGAGGCACUGAGUUGAAGCAUCAUAUCUUUUCACCAUAGAAUAAUAUUUCAUUAGAAUGUUAUUUUUUUGUGCUAUAAGGACUAGAUGCAAUCAAUAGUCAUCAGUGAUUGAAUGUAGAAAUUUUCUUAUGGACAUAAUUGCUUGUCACUUGUUAUUGUCUUCAAGGACUUCUACAGGGUGAUGGGACAUAGAUCUUCUCCCCAUCCCCUUUCUCACCCUUUAUUGCCUUUGAAUGAAGAAUUUUGAGAAUCAUUAGUGUU